UCACUUAACUAGGAAGAGACAACUAUCUCAUUGCAUGAAUUAUUUGCAAAUGGAGCUCUAUCGGAUCCGAAACUUAGGAGCACCGUUGAAGUCAGUUCCUUUCCACCCUUUCACUCAGGGCAAAGAUAGCUUGACCAAUGGGAAACCAAGGCACCAUCAGUCCAAUGCAGGGCGAAGAAGUCGUCGGCAGUCCAUCCCCAGCCUCUCCCAUCGUCGACAAUCCGUCUCUCUCAUUUGUCUUCCACCUCCAAACCCUAUUCGUUCCUCGAUUUGAUCGGACGAUGGGCGGCCGGGAGAUCUCCCGCAGAGGGCUACUAUUCGCCGUCUUGCUCGUUUCCGCCGCGAUCCCUAUGGCGUUCGCCACCACUUCCUCUUCCCCGAAGAAGGAAUCCAAGUCGUGGGGACCUCCUCCGCAGCUAGUGUCGGAGCUCCCUGUGGACGCCGGCGUCCGGGUUACUUCCUCCGCCGUCUUCCGCAUCUACGGCAACGUCUACCCUCUCGGGUUGUACUAUGUGGAGAUGCACAUUGGCAAACCCCCGAAGCCCUACUUCCUGGAUGUCGACACCGGGAGCGAUCUCACCUGGCUCCAAUGCGAUGCUCCCUGCGUCAGGUGCUCCAAGGGACCUCACCCGUGGUACCGACCGAACAAGAAGAAGCUGGUCAACUGCAAAGACCCUCUCUGCGUUGCCCUUCACUCCGGCGUCGUCCAGGACCAGAACUGCGAGCAGUGCGAUUACGAGAUCCAGUACGAGGACCGAGGCUCCUCCCUUGGCGUCCUCAUCGCCGACUCCUUCGCCGUCCGCCUCACAAACAGUACCGUGGCCCGCCCCACCCUCGCCUUCGGGUGUGGAUACGAUCAGCAGGUCCCAAAUCAAGACGCCUCUGCGUCGACAGAUGGAAUUCUCGGGCUCGGAACAGGUAAAGUUAGCAUCUUGUCGCAGCUCAGCGAUCAGGGGGUGACCAAAAAUGUGGUCGGUCACUGCCUCGGUGGAAAGGGAGGCGGCUACCUUUUCUUCGGAGACGAUUUGGUCCCUACCUCUCGGAUGACCUGGUCGCCCAUGUCUCGCAUCGGAUCAAAAAACUACUACUCACCUGGGCCUGCAAACCUCUAUUGGGAUAAUCAAUAUUUGGGAGUAAAGCAAACGGAGGUGGUUCUGGAUACUGGGAGUACCUUCACCUACUUUGGCCAUCAAUCCUACCAAGCUUUCCUCUCAGCUGUCAAGAGUGAUCUGUCGGAGAAGCCACUCAAGGAGGAAGCCGACCCAUCGCUUCCAGUGUGCUGGAAAGGGCAGAAGCCAUUCAAGUCGGUGUCUGAUGUGAAAAAGUAUUUCAAAACAUUAACCUUUAACUUCGUGAAUGGAAAGAGAGCAUUGCUUGAAAUGCUUCCUCAGAAUUAUCUGAUCAUCACCAAAUAUGGCAACGCAUGCUUAGGAAUUCUCAAUGGCACUGAAGUCGGACUGGGCAACCUCAAUGUAAUUGGAGACAUUUCUUUGCUAGACCACAUGGUCGUUUAUGACAAUGAGAAGCAGCACAUCGGAUGGGUUCGAGCGGCAUGUGAUAGACUCCCUAAUGUAGAUAGUGAGGACGGUGGCCUCUACAAUGAUCUCUCUCAAUAUGGUAGCAGGGGUUUCCUUUCGAAAGGAUGGCCUUCAUAUGACCUAUGAUCUCUUAUAUUAGUUAAAGAAAGAAAGAAAGAAAAAACAUAGCAAUAUCCUUUGUUGUUAAAUUUCAAUAUCAAAAAAUGCUCUCUCCAUUUGAACAGAAUAAAGUAGUUAACAAUUUUAGCGUAUGUAAUUACAGUCACCAAUUCAAAUUCAGCUGCUCUGCUUCUGAAUUGUUCA